AGAAGUAUGGGUACCUGUAAUGGACCAAUGAGAGGGAGUAACUUUGCGUGCUGUAGCCGCCGGAGAACCAUCCAUACACGCUGAACAUGUCGGAUUUAAGUGAGUUUUUGCGUAGUCGAGGGGUCCCAGAUGAAGCAAUUACAUUACUGGAAGAACAAAAGAUUGACAGCGACGUCAUCAUGCUCAUGGAUGAUGCAAAGCUGGCAAAUUACAUCCCCUCCUAUGGAGACCGAAUCGCCCUCUUCAAUUACUGUUAAAGCCUCCCCUCAAUAGGAUUUGAUCAGUUUUGCUACUCACAACAAUGCCUGCUAUGUCAGAUUUGGAUGAAUAUAUCAAACUCUACUUCAGACUUUCUUUCAGUAACAAAGAAAUACUUGCAAUUUUAGCACACAACAAUCAAAUAGUAAUAAGUGUCCGGACUUUAAAGAGAAUUUGUAGAAGACUUGGUCUGUUCAGAAGGAAGAACCAGUCUGACUUGGAUGAAGUGCUGGCUUUUGUUCAACAUGAGAUCAUGACUAAUGGACAGAUGCAGGGUUACCGUUGGCUACAUCUUCGUGCUGUUCAACGGGGAUUUGUUGUAUCACAAGAUACCAUCAGACGCAUCAUCAAAUUGGUUGAUCCACAAGGUGUGGAAUUAAGACGAGCCAGACGCUUGAGAAGACGUCAAUACAGCUGCAGAGGGCCAAAUGCGCUUUGGCAUAUGGAUGGCUAUGAUAAGUUAAAGCCCUAUGGCAUUGCCAUCAAUGGCUGUAUAGAUGGCUAUAGUCGCUAUGUGUUAUGGAUGGAGGCCUAUACUACGAACAGUGAUCCUAAAGUAGUUGCAAGUUACUUCAUCAAAACAGUUUCAAGCAUAGGGGGAUGUCCAGAGAGGAUUCGUGCAGACAGGGGAACAGAAAAUGUUUGUGUUGAAGAAAUGCAGAUAUUUUUGCGGCGCAACCACCCAGACAGUUUUGCAGGGGAGAGAAGUUUCCUUUAUGGAAGAAGCACAGCAAACCAGCGCAUUGAGGGAUGGUGGGGUACCCUCCGCAAACAAAGUGCACAGUUCUGGAUGAACUUAUUUCAAACUUUUCAGGAUGAUGGCCACUUCACAGGAGACUUUUUGGACAAAAGUCUCAUCCAAUUCUGUUUCCUUAAUCUUGUUCAGGAUGAACUUGAUGAAGUUGUCAACACAUGGAAUUCACACAAAAUCAGAGCACGAUCAAGUGAUGAUGCGGCAUCGGGUCGGCCAUUUGUGAUGUACUCAUUUCCAGAGUUACACAGUGCUGAGGAUAGACUGAAACCAAUUGUCAUGGAGGAAGUCACUUUGUGUAUGGAAGAGUGUACUCCUAAAGGCCAGUUUCCAUGUGACGAAACUGUUUUUGAACUGUGUUGUCUCCUAAUGGAGGAGAAAGGAUGGGAUGUUCCAGCAGAUCCACUUGAUGCAGCUGAUCUUUACAUCAUGUUAAGAGAGGAAAUACAGAAAAUAAUUUGAUGUGUUUAAGGUGAAUGGGAUGUUGGAUGCAAACAAAGUGCCAACUUUUAAAGGGAUAGUUCACCCAAAAAUGAAAAUUCUAUCAUCAUUUACUCACACUCGUGUUGUUACAAACCCGCAUACAUUUCUUUGUU